AUGGUUGCUGCGCAGGCCGACACAAUCGACAAACGCGACGCGUCCCGUCUGUUCCGUAACCGGCUGGCCGGACUGCUCUUCCGUUCGGGCCUGAACCGUUCGCAGUUUGCUGCCGCGGUCGGGUUGGACCGGUCGGCCCUGUCGCAGCUCCUUUCGGGCGAAACCGCAAGGCUGCCGCGCGCCGAAACGCUGAUCCGCAUCGCGGCGACGCAAUCGGUCAGUCUCGACUGGCUGCUGGGCCUGAGCCAGGACGAAGGCGUGUCCGCCGAGAUCCGGCCGGCGCUUGAACUGGAGGAGGCGCAGGAUUCGCGCAACGAUGCCGCACUUGUGCAGUGGCACCAGGAGGCGGCCGGCACCAAAAUCCGCUAUGUGCCCGCGACCAUUCCCGAUUUUCUGCGGACCGAGGCGGUGAUCGCGUUCGAGACGCGCGACAGCAAACCGCCCGUCGCCGUCCAGAUCGAUGACGCACGCGAAAGGCUGGCCUACAGCCGCAAGCCGGAGAACGACACCGAAGUGUGCAUGCCGCUGCAAACAUUGCAGGCGCUGGCCGAAGGCAGCGGCGCCUGGACCGAUCUGGACGCACCCUUGCGGCACGCGCAGAUCGAACAGAUCGCAGCGCUGACCGAUGACCUCUAUCCGGGCCUGCGGCUGUUCCUGUUCGAUGCACGGCGUACCUUUUCAGCGCCUUACACCGUGUUCGGACCGAUGCGCGCGGCAGUCUAUAUGGGCGACAUGUAUCUGGUCUUGAACGCCAAGGAUGCCGUCGAUGCGCUGACGCGCCACUUCGACCAGCUCAUCCGCGCGGCGGUGGUGCGGCCGCACGAGGCCGGUUCCUUCAUAGGCGAUCUGACCCGGUCAUGA